AUGACGUAUGGUAUCGAUCUUAGCAUUGGUGAUGAUAGAGAGGAGAGAGCAAUUGUGUUGUACCAGUAUAUGACUCAAAGAAUGCAUAGGCUCUUCCAACCGGUGCCUCAAGAAGUAUUGACGCGACAAAUGGUGGACAGGCAGCGAGAGGAUGGAGAUGCAAGGAUGAUGCAUGACUACUUUGGACCUAACUGUACUUGGGGCCCUAAGAAGUUCCACCAACGUUUGGGUAUGUAUCGACCUAUUUUCUUACGUAUUCUAAGUGAAAUAGUUGUUGCGGAUCCUGCUUUUGAUUUCCAAGUUGAUUUCACCGGAAAACUUGGCCACUCUCCCCACAUGAAGAUGUAUGCCGUAAUGAAAUGUUUGUGUAAAGGCAUAGCCGCUGAUAGCACAGAUGAUUAUGUCCGUAUGGGAGCGUCGACCGUCUAUAUGUAUGUCAAGAGGUUUACUAGGGUAAUUGUUCGGCACUUUAGUCCAAGGUAUAUGCGACUUCCUACAAGAGAAGACACGGAAAGAUUAUUGGCAGAAAAUGCAGCUAGAGGGUUUCCUGGAAUGCUUGGAAGUGUUGAUUGUAUGCAUUUUCAGUGGAAGAAUUGUCCAACAACAUGGGAAGGUACGUUCCGUGGACAUGAGAAAAAACCUACCAUCAUCUUAGAAGCUGUGGCAUCAUAUGAUCGGUGGUUUUGGCAUGGUUUCUUUGGAACGCCAGGGUCGAACAACGACUUGAACGUCUUGGCUCAAUCUCCACUUUUUGAUAUGAUGGUUAAUGGUUUAGCAACUCUUUUUAAUUACCGCAUCAAUGGACACAGCUACGACAAGGGUUACUACUUGGCGGAUAGUAUAUAUCCACGAUUGUCUUGUAUUGUGCAGUCAUUCAAAAUUCUUCUUCCAAAUCAGCCAGCCAAUACGUUGUUCAAUAAAUACCAACAAGCGAAGAGAACGGAUGUUGAAAGGGCUUUUGGAAAUCUCCAAAACAAGUUCCAAAUAACAAAAAAUCCAGCAAUAUAUUGGGAUAAGGAGGAUAUAAACUUUAUUAUCAAGGCUUGUUUGAUUUUGCAUAACAUGGUCAUUGAGAAUGAAAAACGUAACUUAUAUUGGGGUCAAGUCGUGAACGAACCAAUACGACAGGUUAUUGGAAUACCGAGGUCAUACCACGAGUUAAGGAAUGAUGAGGCAUAUCUCCAACUCCGCAAUGAUCUUGUUCAACAUAUUUGGAUACGACAUGGAUUAGGUCUCAGAGACGGUGAAAUGCCACCAGAAUCUCCCCCUCCGCCACCAGAUGAUCUUGACGGUUCAGAUGGUGAAUUCGAUCCUACCGAUGUUUACCCACCAGAAGAAAAGCUUUAG